AUGUCGCUCUGCUUGUGGGUUCUUGCAGCCUUGUGCCCAUUGCUCGGAGUCCACGGACAAAGCCUGCGUGGGACCUUGCACAAAUCUGCGGCUGAUCCGGAAGGGACAGCCACAGUUUUCGACCCGACAAAUGAAUCGUGGGCCGUGCAGAACCUAAUCUCUUGCCGCUAUGGCGUGCUCUGCCACGGCACGGAGAUUUUGAGGGAUGGCAAGCGCACGUGUGAGGGCACACUUGUGUGCCGGACGGAAGGCACUCAAAAUGCAAGCUGGGGAGGGAGCAAUGGUGCCUCGGAGAUAAAAGACGGGGCCAACACCACGAGUGCAGUUGCAAACCUUUUGGUGUGCCGCUACGGCUCUUACUGUCGAGGUGGCUGGUGGUACCACUAUGGGCGCAGGGAGUGCAGGGGCGGAAUCGUUUGUCGACAUGGCCCAUACUAUGCCAGCUCUGAGACCAGCGCACUGCUCAGCAAAGAUGCCGAGGCCGGUGACGGCGAACACAGCUCAAUGGUGGCACUGAGUCCUGUGGAGCCCACGUAUGAUCCUGUGAACGAGUCGCAUGGCUUCAGCAACUUGAUUUCAUGCCGCUUCGGAGUUGUUUGCCGCGGCACGUGGUUGUGGAUCAAUGGUGUCCGCAAGUGCAGUGGAGCUCUCGUGUGCAAGUCCGGCUUCAAGGAGAUCAUGAACGUUGGUUCAGAGGUCGACGCCUCCGACGCUGCAUCAAACUUCACCACAAUGAUGCAGGACAGCAGCAACACCACGAGUGCAGUUGCAAACCUUUUGGUGUGCCGCUACGGCUCUUACUGUCGAGGUGGCUGGUGGUACCACUAUGGGCGCAGGGAGUGCAGGGGCGGAAUCGUUUGUCGACAUGGCCCAUACUAUGCCAGCAAGGAGGAAAGCCGCCUGAGCAGGUCAGCCAGUCCGGGGUCCGUCAGGCGAUAG